AUGGCUAUGCAACCGUUCGAUCCGUAUUACAUGUACCAGCCAGAUGAACGGAGCAACAUAAACACGCUCUUCGUCUCCGGUCUCCCAGACGACGUGAAGGCGCGUGAGAUUCACAACCUCUUCCGCCGCCGCCCUGGCUUUGACUCUUGCCAACUCAAGUAUACCGGCCGUGCUAACCAGGUUGUUGCAUUUGCUACGUUUUUCAAUAAUCAAGCAGCAAUGGCAGCGUUGCACGACCUAAAUGGUGUGAAAUUUGAUCCUCAAUCUGGGUCCGUCUUACAUAUUGAACUUGCCCGAUCAAACUCUUGGAGGAAGCGAAAAGGUGGUGGAGCCUACGUGGUUAUAGAUAAAAGGUCCAAAGGGGAAGCCAAUGUUCAGGGAGCCUCUAGUGAUGAUGGUGAAAGUGAUGCUGAUGAACCAUCAGAAAAUGGAAGCAACCAUGGGGAUAUAGCAACCACCCAAAGUGGCGAUGCUGUUGUUGGUUCUGACAAUCGUGUACCUGGAGCAAGGGAGCAACAUGGAAAGGGUGGUGGUGAUGUAGGACCAUGUUCCACUCUUUUUAUUGCAAAUCUUGGUCCAAACUGCACUGAGGAUGAAUUAAAGCAAGCUUUUUCUGUGCAUGCUGGAUUCAACUUGGUCAAAAUGCGUUCAAGAGGAGGAAUGCCUGUAGCAUUUGCUGAUUUUGAGGAAGUUGAUCAAGCUGUUAAGGUCAUGGAAGAGCUUCAGGGAACCACGCUUCCAUCAUCAGAUCGGGGUGGCAUGCACAUAGAAUAUGCAAGGUCUAGAAUGAGGAAGAAGCGGUAG